AUGUCGGUCAAACUUCUCUCCAUAGUCGCUCUUGCCAUCGCUGCUGUUAACGCCCAGAAUACCGUUGGCCCUUGGGGUCAAUGUGGUGGUAACGGCUAUAACGGAAACACCACUUGCCAGAGUGGUUACUCUUGCGUCAAGCUGAAUGACUGGUAUUCUCAAUGCCAACCUGGGGCUGCCCCCCCUGUCACCACCCAGCCUCCUGCUACCACCCAGCCGCCCGCCACAACUCAACCACCUGCUACUACACAACCACCUGCCACCACUAACCCACCUGCUCCAAGUGGUAGCGCCGCACCAGGCAGUCUUCAUGCCAAGAUUGUCGCUAGGGGCAAGCAAUACUUCGGUGCUUGCGCUGACCCGAACACCCUCAACAUCGCGGCCAGUCGAGGCAACUUUAACUGGGGCAAUGCCGACCGUCUCGUCGACUGGGCCGUCACCAACGGAAAAUUGAUUCGUGGACACACCCUCGUCUGGCACUCUCAGCUUCCACAAUGGGUCAACAGCAUCAACGACAGGAACACAUUGACUCAAGUCAUUGAACAACACAUCGCCGCUGUCGCUGGUCGCUAUGCCGGGAAGCUUCUCGCUUGGGACGUCAUCAACGAAAUCUUCAACGAGGAUGGCUCUUUGCGACAGAGCGUCUUCUCUCGCGUCAUGGGAGAGUCCUUCGUCACCCUUGCCUUCCAAGCUGCCCGCCGUGCUGACCCCAAAUCUGUCUUGUACAUUAACGACUACAACCUUGAUUCGGACAAUGCUAAGGUCCGAGGAAUGGUCAACCUCGUCAACCGGGUCAACCAAGCCAACCCUGGAACCGUCGAUGGAAUGGGUACUCAAAUGCAUCUUGGACCAGGUGGAUCUGGUGGUGCCCAAGCUGCCCUUAACGCUCUGGCCAGGACCGUUGGUAUUAAGGAAGUCGCUAUUACGGAAUUGGAUAUUCAACAAGCUUCCGCCAACGAUUACACCACCGUUGUCCGUGCUUGCCUCAACACCCCCCUGUGUAUCGGUAUUACCGUUUGGGGUGUCAGCGAUGCCAACUCGUGGCGAUCCAGCACCAACCCCUUGCUCUUCGACCGCAACUACCAACCGAAGGCCGCCUACAACGCCGUUUCCCAAAUGCUGUAA